GUGAUUAUAAAUAUCAGUAAAAACUGCCUAGCUAAAACUAGAGAAGUUUCGUGGUUGUGAGUUUGAUGUCGAGCUUAAAUUAUUGAGAUGAUAACUUACCAGCAUGUGUAUAUGCGAGAUCUUGUCAAACGUGUAUGAAAAAUGCAAAGAAAAGCACUGGAUAUAUCCUGGAAAAGUCCUUCAACAAUGCAUGUAAUGCAUAAAAGCAACUUGGAUGUAGUAGACAUCAAGGGAGAAAGUCUGGUUUCUAAGUCACCUGGUCAUGAAGAACUUCUGGUUUUCCAAGACAAAAAGAUGUCCAAUAAAAACAAGGUUCUUACAUCUCUCACAUCUGGAGCCUUUGCUGGAGCCCUUGCUAAGACAGUAAUAGCUCCUCUAGAUCGGACCAAAAUUAACUUUCAAAUUCACAACAAGAAGUUUUCAUUCAGGGAGGCCAUACACUUUUUGAUACAAAGCUACCAUGACCGUGGAAUCUUAGUGUGGUGGCGGGGAAAUUCUGCAACUAUGGCCCGUGUUAUACCUUAUGCCUCUAUUCAGUAUGCAGCACAUGAACAAUGGAAACAAGUUUUACAUGUGGACACUUUUUCAGAAAAGAAAGCUCAUCCUAGUAAGUCGUUCUUGGCAGGGUCACUGGCAGGAGUAACGUCUAGCACAUGUACAUAUCCUUUAGACUUAGCACGAGCCAGAAUGGCUGUAACACAUAAAGAGAGAUAUACAAGUCUGAUGCAAGUUUUUGUGAAGAUUUGGAGAGAAGAAGGGCCAAUGACACUGUACAGAGGCUAUUCUCCGACAGUUAUUGGUGUAAUACCUUAUGCUGGCACCAGUUUUUUUACGUAUGAAACAUUGAAAAGGCUACACUUUGAGUCUUCACAACAGUCAGAACCCCAUCCAGCACAAAGAAUGAUGUUUGGUGCAAUAGCAGGACUUCUUGGUCAGACAGCUUCUUAUCCUCUAGACAUUGUAAGGAGAAGAAUGCAAACUGCACAGGUUACGGGGAGAAGUUACCAUACUAUACUUAGUACAAUAACAGUGGUUCUUCGAGAGGAAGGACUUGUUGGUGGGCUUUUUAAAGGACUUAGUAUGAACUGGAUCAAAGGCCCAGUCUGUGUUGGGAUCAGUUUUACAACCUUUGACCUGAUGCAAAAUUUUUUACGGCACCUUCCAGUCUUUAUCAAUAGAUAAUAGUGUUAAAACAUAAAAUGUUAAUUUUUCAUUUUUGUUUUGGCAGGAAAUGGCUUUUGGCCUACAUUCGUGUCUUAGAGGGAUUUUUAAUUUUUUUUGGUCCAAUAUGUAUUUAUCUUGGGGAUGUUCUUGUAUCUAAUUGUUAAAUAAGCAACAAAUUAUACCUGCCAUGUAGUCUUUCAUACAUGUUACAACUGACUAUUGUAAAUUAAGGAAACAAAAAGAUUUAAGUUUUAAAAAAAUGGUUAUGGUAGGUAUUUGUAUUACAAAAUAUUUUGAUGGAGCUGGAGGAAAUUGGUUAAAAAACGAAUACUAAAUUCCUCGGUCAUUUCUGUAACUGGUGCUACCGAUUCAUAGAUUUUAUUUCUAUUAACUGUUUCAAAUUUUAGCUAAAAAACUGUUGUGGUACGAUGAAAUCAAAAACAAAAAAUGGAAAAACUUGUACCACAAAAAAAUGGUUAAUGUGAAAUAGAUGUUGAUUAUAAACUGUUAUUGUGCACUUUUUCUUUUGUCAUACUUGAGUUUCAAAAAUCAUUAUUUCUACGAAAGGGAUAACUUCUUUGAAUCUUGUUUUUGUCACAAGAGUAUUUUCAUUUCCUUAGUUUCAGGCACGUUUAUACAUGAUUUUUACAAGAUUGAUCUUUCUCUAACCAGUACAAUAAGCUGUUUGUUAAACAUUUUAUGUGUUGAGAUUAACUUCAAUGUCUGUGUUGAUCUCCGAACUGCUAAACGGAGAAAGAAUAAAAUGUUGAAUAAGCUAAUUUAUUAUGAUAAAAUUAUUCAAAUUUAACUUGCUCUGAGUAUAUCGGCUUCAUUUCUCACGUUGUCCUGUCAAUUAUAAAACGUCUUAAAUCACAAAUCAUCACGUCAUCAUUUCAGUCCACACAUAGCUAACAGUAACGUAGAAUAUUUUACACACUGCGAUAAGUUGACUGUUCAUCAAAACACAUUUUUUAACAUAUUUAAGUAAUGAAAAAUUAUCCCUUGAUAAACUUUAUACAAGUUUUCACAACUUGUGUUAUCCGUGAAAAUGCAUGCUUGUGUGCCUCAACUUAUAGUAGCCAAGUAUGGGUCUUGAACGUAAUUAUACCUUUCUUCACGAUUACAUGUGACAUGUGAUCCCACAUGUAUGAAAGUUGCAAGUUAUACAACACAGUGUCUUUAGUUGGAGGGGGGAGAUUGGUGUGGAAAACCUUCUAUUAUACUUAGAAGACGUAGAUACAAUUAAAUAAACAUCUUGAUUAAGAUCAAACAGAGCAUUAAGAACAGUCUGACCAAACUUAAUAAUAAGCACGCACUAAUUUAAUGAAUAAAGUCUAAAACCACAGAAAAAAUCCAAAUCUCGGCAACAGAAUAAAAACAUAACACAAUCACAAUUGAUCAGAGUUUGUAACUUGAUAGUAGGCUGUUGUAGGUGGAGUAUAGGUUAUACCAGUUAGGAACAUUGGUGAGAAUAUUCUUAACCUUUACAGUGAUGGUUCUUUUCCUCCUGUUUAAUGCAACUUAAGCUAAUAAUACUAUAAUGGGGGGCUGGAAUGUCAUUUAUACAUAUCAUUUCUCGUAGUAUGUAUUUUCUUUUAUUAAAGCACCCACCUUCACAUAAAUGGCUGCGGACAAUGGAAAAUGGUUAGGAUGUGGGAUCUUAUGGAGCACCCACACCUGCCUUUUUAAUUUAGCAGUUUGAGAGACAGGAGAAAGAAAGAUUAGUUCGAAGGACUGCACAUAGUUAUUGCCAUGCAGAUUGUUCCUCGUACACCCCCUAAAACUAGGAAUACAUUUUACAAUGUUCCUGCUGUUAAUGUUAUCCUGUUUCUGCCUUUUAUUUUUUCUCUUGGGGGGGGGGGGAGAGUUUUGUUCUUCAAAUUAGUAUUUAUACACGUGUAUAUAUUGUGUAAUAUGCAUUUGUGGUAGAAAAAGUAAGAAGAAUUAAAAAAAGGUUACCAAAAUAAUGAAAAGAAACUUGUUAUAAGUACAUUUCUGUAUAGUUGAACAGUAUGGCUAGGGUAUGAUUUCAGAUCAAUUAAUGUCUUAAAGGCAUUUAGUUGUUUCUUAUUAGAUAAAUAUAACAAUAGGUCCUUAAUCUGGCAUAAAAUGUUUAAGCUUUUUUCUAUGUUAUAAUGAAAUUCUGUUUCCAUACAAGUGUCCUUAUAUAUGACUAAUAGGAAUAGCUGAUUCAAACAAACGGUAUGUUACAACUAAUUACAUUAACAAACGUUAUGAUAAUAUAUAUCGCUAACGACCAGAAGCCAGUUUUAAUCCUGUCCCUUGGUGGGUUAGUGGUAGGUUUAUAGAUUUACAUUUUUAAAGUUUGGUGUUCAGUUCCUUGCAGUGAACAGAAUGUAGAUAGCUUAUUGCAUAGCUUUGCCAUAAAAACAGUCAGUCUUUAUAUUAUUAAAAGAUAGUAACAUGCUACCAACAUAGACUAAAAUAUAAGUGACUCGGAAAAGGAGGCUUUGAAUCCCCGUCACACGAAACGUGCUCGCCCUUUCAGCAGUGGGGGCAUUAUAAUGUGACAGUCAAUCCCACUUUUCAUUGGUAAAAGAGUAGCGUAACAGUUGGUGGUGGGUGAUAAUAAGUUUUUAACCAGGUAACUGUUAAAGAGAGAUUAGUAUUAGCUAAGAGAAAUAUCAAAUCCACCUGUAGCAGAUUUCAUUUCUACGUUACAGGUGAGUAGCAAGCAUUACAGAAUGGGGGAGGUUUUUUUAUUUACAAAACUAAUAUGGACCUUUUUAUUUACAUAAAGAACAUAAAUAGCUUGCAUAAAAAAUCAAACACUUGUUAAAAAUAAGAGAUAGUGUACCUUUAAAAUACGAGUCAUUUGAUGACCCACUUUUUUCAGCUACACCCUUGCAGUAUGUUGUAUAGAAGGUUAUGCUAUAUUUAAACUAUAAGUUACAUCACUGUAUAGUACAUCAGGAGAUAGCUUUACAUUUUAUCUUUUUUUCUGGAUAGAGCAACAUGUAACUGGUAGAUGAUGUUUGGAAAUGAAAGUUUUAUUCAGUAUUAACGCUGAAUCGAUAAUAUUCAAUAUUAUGUGUCUGUAAAGCUAAAACUGUUUUUCUAAUAUUCUUGUUAUUUACUGAAACCAAAUAAUUUUAUUCUUUGUCAUAUUUUUAGACUAUAUAAGGUUAUGCAUUUGUGUAAGAAAACUUCAAAAAAGAAGCAUUAUAGUUAUAAGCUAGUUAUUGUCUGUUGAUAAAAUUUAUUUUUGUUGGUAUUCAUGAUUUUUACAUACUUGAGGAUCCUAUCUGUAAAAACCAGUAAUGCAUGGUAAUGAAAUCAAAUCAAGUGACUUUAUAGGCAUGAUCUUUAUAUCUGCUUCAAUUGAUGCAUUGUGUCACAUUACAGAAUUGUUUUUACUGUAGAACAGUAUUUUUAAACGUUUGUCAUCCAUGCCCCUCCUUUAAUAAAUAUGGUUUCUUGUGUCCCCCCCUCUUUUUCUUUUGUAAGUAAGGGAAAGAGCGAGUUAAGUGAUGAUAUAUUAUUCACAAUUACGAGUUAAGUUGCUACGUGUCGUACUAAUUACUUAUUUUCAUCUAUAAAAAUAUAUUAAAAUGCUUAACUGAUACUACCUUAAUCACCUGUGCCCCACCCCCAAGAUAUAAUUUGCACCCCACCUCUUGGGAGGGCACAACCCACACUUUAGAAAAUGCUUCAGUAGAACAUAGAUUAAAGUGGUUUCAUGAUAAAGAGGACGUAUACCAGUUUUCUGUUUAUAAUUGAAUUAACAAUCAUUGGUAGUAGGUAAUGUUGUUAAAAGUGAUCUAGUCAUGAAGACACUGCAUUGUUGAAUAUUGAAUUGAACUUUAUUUAAUUCUUUAUAGUGUUAACUUUUCCUUAAAAUCUGACGGAAAUUUGUUUUUUGACUCGUUAACUAAUUCUGCAACCAACAAGUUGUUUUCGAAAGAAGAGUUGGUAAUCAGCUUGUAGUAGGUUUGUUUAGACAUUGCAGACUUAAAUGUUUUACACUCACUGAGUUCUAAAUGUUUGUAACACUGGUUUUGUUCUGAUAAUUCCAUCAACCUUUUAACGUGGGUUUUCGUUCCAAAGUGUGAAAACAAACUUUUUAGUUUGGUAAAAGUCAAUUCAGAGCUGUCUACACUGACAGCUUUAAGCAAGCGUAUCAGAACUUCUACCGUAUAGUAUAAUUUAAUCUCGAACAGAAGAGAUAAUGAUAUUUAUUCAAUAAAUACUGAAACGAGCCUGUGUGAAUGGGUCUUGAGCAAUUUUUUUUUGUUGUUUAUGUACAGCAGCUCCAUCUGUAAUGUGAUAAAUCAAAUUUGUUCAUUCUAAUUCAGAUUGUUUCUACUCACCAAUUUAUAAUUCAUUCAAGAAGUAAUAUCAUUGUGAAUUUGCAAAUGUAUAGAAAAACAUUUCAUAGUUUUAAUCAUUUCAACUGCUUGGGAGUUUGAACCACAGAUGACCUUAUAGUUGUAAUCCCCUUUAAGUUUUCAUGAAUUUCAACUCCAACAAAAGUAUGUAGUUUCAAUUUUUUUUUCUUCUUAAAAGUCUACAUAAAUCUCAGAGUAACAGGCACCAAAUUAUUUGUCUUGUAUGUUACUAUGAACCCUUUAUUAUGAUUCUAGGUUAAUAGUCUCUGACAUUCUUCUAUUCUUUGUUGUAUUGUUUUUUGAACGUCCAAAACUGAAUACUCUGAUUUCAGUUGUUAAUGUUCGUUUGAAGUUAAUACUUUCUUUAAAAACAGUUGUGAGUUUUUCAUGUACAAGCUUAGGUUCCUUAGUGCCACGUUUUACCAAAUAUACAUAUAUGCCUCGUGUAGCUUUAUCACCCUUUAUUAGGUUUAUUUAAAAUUUCAGGGUAGUUCAAUAGAUUUUUAUGUAAAUUACAUUUUUUUUUUCACUUUUAAUGAUGAGAUUUCGGAGAAGAACAUUUCAUUUGAACAAGUAACAAAGCAAUUAACUUAUAUUUACUGAGAAACCUCAUGACUGUAUAACUGAAAUUCAAGGACCAUAUAUGACAGUUACAUAUCUACUUCAACUAAAAUGUACGGUUUCUGGAAGUUUGAAGUCUUUAUAGAUGAUUAUUAAAAGCUUCCUGUUUGAUACUUGACAUUAGACAAGGGCAUUACAGAAACAAUAUGAAGUAGGUUGUUAAAUCUGGGAAUUCUAUGAUAUAAGAGUAUUUUAGAAUUAGUCGUUAAGAAAGGUUUUAUGAACUUGUACACCUUGUUUUGUUUGCUAAAACUAAUUUUUCAGUUGUUUCAUUUAAUUGAUCUACUUAACUGAAAGAAAAUGUAUAGAGGAAAUUAUUUCUUUACAGUUUUUGUUUCUUUGUUGUACUAUUUUAUUAGUUUUAGAAAUUGAGUUAUAAAUAUUAAAGCACGGUUAUCUCUAGAUAUCUUGGUCAGUAAAGUAUAAAGUGAUAAUAUCUAUUAGGAUUGUACUAUACAGGAUAAGCUAUUACUUUAUGAACUAGGUUAUAGAAAAACAACCAAAACGAAAGCUAUGUAAAAAAAGGAACUAACAAGUGUAUGCUAUAUUAAUGUAUUAUAGUUUCCAGUCCUCUACACAAUGGUUAUAACUGAGCUAGUUUAAGUAUCGGCUCAUCAAUACUGGAAAUAAUCAAAUACAUUUUGUUACAAACUGUACUUCUACAGAAUGAAAUACCAAUGGUGGAAUAAGUCACUACAUUGUAAUUAUUGUAUCCAUAGGUCUUGCACUAAAUGUUUAUUGUUUUUGAUAGAAAUACCAAAUAACCCAUAGGCUUUAAGAUUCAAGUUUUACUUAAUGUUUCCAUACUUAGUGAUGUAUAAUAUAGUUGAUUCUUUUGAAAAUAACAUUGAAAAAAAUUUGAAUUUAUAGAGUACCUGAUUUAGGGAAGUUGUUAUAAAUUUCAUUGAGAGCCAGUUUUUUUUAGAAAUAAAUAACUAAUUUUCACAGUGCAUUACAGAUGAAUGUUAUUUACUUGUUUAAAAAAUGUUUUUGGUAUUGUCACUAUACAGAUAUUGUGGUGCUGAAGAGUAGAAUGUUUGUAUCAUUCUGUCUAGAAAAACCUGCUAAUAAAAAUGUGUUUUAAGUAGCAAUA